UAUUUUCACAGAACAUGUUUCGAAAGUCAAUAUCAGCACUAUCAGCUAUUGCAACCCCUAAAAUCACCCCUUGUAAGGUCCACAAUGGCUUUUACCAAGGGCGACAUGCUUUCGUCGCCCUAUUGGUUACAACUGGGGGUUGGGAUGCAUAAAACCCACCCCUAUUGUGGAACAUCCACCAAUGAAAACACCCUGAACGAAAAAUGAUUAUUAUACAAUUUAAUAAAGAAACUGUCCAGUAUUGAGAAGAUCUUUGAUGUAGUGGUUGAUUUUCGUUGUUGAAGUUGUUAAAUAUAGCUGUUAUCGAUGAAAAUGUCUUUCUCGAAUGAUCCUCCUUCAUGGGAUCCAAGCAAUGGUACAGAUUUUCCUUCGUAUCCACCAAGCGAUAUAUCUGCUGGAUAUGGACCUCUCUGGGAUCCACACCAUUGUCUCAGUGCUGCAGCAGUUGCUGCUACAGGACAAAACCACCCUUCUGCUGGCCUAUCUAACUACCCAGACAUCUUAAGUGCUGCUUUCAAUUCUGACUUAGUGUGGCCCCGCCAACAAUGUGGAGGUAUGGUUUCUAACAGAUUGGCAAGAAGUGGACCAAAUUCCAUCUCGUCCACCAAGAAACCAAGGAGAAGAGUGGCCACUUUGGCUCAGAGGAGGGCGGCAAAUAUAAGAGAAAGAAGAAGGAUGUUCAAUUUGAACGAAGCGUUCGAUAAGCUAAGAAGAAAGGUACCAACGUUUGCUUAUGAAAAACGACUUUCCCGAAUAGAAACUUUGAGAUUGGCGAUAACAUAUAUCAGUUUCAUGGCAGAGCUACUUCAUGGACACCCAGUGGAUCAUAAAAGUUCUGACUUGUACUCACAGAGAGAAUACAUUCCGUAUGGUCUCAUCAAUUGAAGCUUUUUAUGAAUUAUAUUAUUCUAUUCUAGUCAUCCAAACGUCUUCCAGUUUUAAUUAAAAUAGUUUUAGUAGUUUAAUCUUAUCAAUGUGCAAUAAAUGAACUGAAUGAAUGAG